AUGAAAGGAUUAAGAAAUAAGUUUGUGAAAGCAUUAUCGUUCAAAGAUGAAGCCCGGUCAGAUAAGGAUGUUAAUGAUCUCAAAAAAGACGAAACCAAAAAUGCUGCCCCCAAGGAAAAUCAAUCAUCCUCAAGACUAAAACACAGCCGUUCAAGAAAGGAGAUGAAAAAGUCGAAAAGUUCAAACGCAUUGUCGAAGGCUAACAAAUCUUCUUUGAGCAGAGAAGCCGCUGAUGAAAAAACGAACAGUGGUGGAAAUAACGACAAAGAAGAUGCAGUUAAUGCACAGCCAAAAACCGUUUCGAGUCAAUCUGACGUAGACGAGCAAACAUUGGGUUCAUUAAAGCCGGCUUCUAUAUCGCUUCCUGAUCUAAAUUUGGCGACUGAAAUACACGUUACUUCAGAUCAUUCAAAUGCGGGUUCUUACACGUCUUUUCAUCCAACUCCUUAUUUAUCUCCGUCAGCAUCAACAUCUUCUAAUAAGCUCUUGUCUCCGGUUCCGGAUAACGAUGUUGAUCUUCCUAACAAUGUACGCCGGAUGGUUUUUCAUCGUCAGCAUUCUUCUCAGUUCCAAGUUUCCGAAAAAAGAAAUCUCACCAGACUUCCCUCUUUCGAUGAAGUCCAUCCUUCAGAGUGCGAACAACUAUUUAUUAAAAAAUUGGAUCAAUGUAAUGUAAUUUUUGAUUUUAAUGAUCCUUCAUCUGAUCUAGAAAGCAAAGACUUGAAAAGUGAAGCUCUGGCUCAGAUGAUCGAUUUGGUUACGUUUAAUCGAGGAAUAGUUAAUACUCUUCUUUUCUCUCAUGUUUUGCACACUUUUUCUGUCAAUUUGUUUCGUCCCACACCUUCUUUUGCUUAUAAUGACUAUAGAGAUAUUUUGGUAUCUUUAGAAGAAGAGCCAUAUUUAGAGCCAGCUUGGCCCCAUAUGCAACAAGUUUAUCUACUGUUUAUUCGUUUUCUUGAGUCACCCGACUUUAAAGUUACGAAGUCCAAAUCUUUAGUCGAUCGCUGCUUUUUUAAUAAUUUAUUAAUGUUAUUUAAUUCUGAGGACCCUAGAGAGCGUGACCUUUUAAAAACUGCCUUGCAUCGCAUAUAUGGAAAGUUUUUGAACUUACGCUCACAUAUUAGAAAGGCUAUGAGCAAUGUUUUUUUGCAAUUCACGUUUGAAAAAGAAUCAUUUCAUGGCAUAGCUGAAUUAUUAGAAAUUCUUGGAAGUAUUAUUAAUGGGUUUGCUGUACCAUUAAAGGAAGAGCACAAAACAUUUUUAACAAAAGUACUCAUUCCUUUGCAUCAAACCAAAUCCUUAUUUUUAUAUCACCCACAACUGACAUAUUGCGUUGUACAGUUUAUUGAUAAAGAACCGUCUUUGACAAAGUUGGUCAUGACCGGUAUUUUGAAGUUUUGGCCUCGUGUGAAUAGCUUCAAGGAAGUAAUGUUUUUGAACGAAUUAGAAGAUAUUUUUGAGGUGUUAGAACCUUCGGAGUUUGUUCAUAUUCAAAUCCCUCUUUUCCAGCAGCUUUCCCGCUCUAUCGCGAGUCCGCAUUUUCAAGUUGCAGAGCGUGCUUUGUGUUUUUGGAGUAAUGAAUACUUUACAAGCUUGGUAAGCGAAAAUUUGGAUACGAUUUUGCCAAUUAUUUAUCCUUAUGUGUACAACACUACCAAAGACCACUGGAAUAUAACUAUACAAGCAAUCGCGUGUAAUGUUAUGCAGAUAUUUGUUGACAUGAAUCUUGAGUAUUUCAAUGUUGUCGCCGAACGCUGCCACAACGAAAUCGUAUUAGAGAAAGCGAAGCGCGAAGAUUCCAAUCUAAGAUGGGCUGCGCUUGAAAAACUUGCUGCAAUGAAUAAAGGAUCCACGAGAUAUUAG